AUGCCAGCACAAAGUUAUUACAUCGGCAUCGACGUCGGGACAGGCUCUGCGCGCGCGGGUCUCGUCAAGGCGGACGGAACGAUCGUUGCAUCAUCUACACAAGACACCAUCACCUGGCGGGACCCGCAGGAUCAUCGCAUCUUCGAGCAAUCCACAACAGACAUCUGGUCAGGUAUCUGUACCGCCGUCCGUGCCGUCCUUAAAGAAUCCAAAGUGUCCCCUGGGGACGUGAAAGGGCUCGGCUUCGACGCGACGUGCUCUCUCGCCGUGUCCGACCUCAAGGGGGAACCGGUGACGGUGACCAAGGGCGAUAGACUUGGCCAGCCUGGCGAGCGGAAUAUCAUCCUCUGGGCGGACCACCGCGCGGAGAAGGAAGCCAAGCUGAUCAACAGCCAACACUCUAUCGUCCUCGACUAUGUCGGCGGCGUCAUGAGUCUCGAGAUGGAGGUCCCGAAGAUCCUCUGGCUCAGCAAGCACAUGUCCCCGGAGCUGUUCGCCCGCUGCCAGUUCUUCGACCUGCCCGAUUUUCUCACGUACCGCGCGACGGGGGCCAACACGCGCUCCAAGUGCUCCGUCACCUGCAAGUGCUCGUAUGUCCCCGACAAGGGCUGGCAGACCGACUUCUUCGAGCGCAUCGGCCUCGCGUCGGUCCCGCGCGAGGGCUUCCGACAGAUGGGCGCGAACGACGGGGACGUCUUGACGGCGGGGGUUCCUGUGGGCAAGGGGCUCUCCAAGCAGGCAGCUGCGGAGCUGGGACUACUCGAGGGAACUCCUGUCGGGAGCGGUGUCAUCGAUGCCUACGCAGGGUGGCUCGGCACAAUUGCGGCGCGGCACGAGGAGAAUGGCAAACUCUCACCCUCUAUGCCGUUCGAGGAGUCUGGCCAUCGUCUCGCUGCGGUCGCCGGCACUAGUACAUGUCACAUCGUGCAGAGCCGCGAGGGCGUUUUUGUACCGGGCGUAUGGGGACCGUAUAAGGAUCCUGUGUUCCCCGGGUGGUGGAUGAACGAGGGCGGACAGUCAUCGACCGGCCAGCUCAUCGACUUUGUGAUCACAACCCACCCCGCGUACGGCGAGCUCCAAGAGCGCGCGGCGGCGCAGCAGAAGAACAUCCACCAGGUUCUCCGAGAGACCAUGGACGAGAUUCGCGACGCCGAAGGCGCCGAGUCCUGGACCGAAGCCCUAAAAGAAAUGCACUUCUAUCCUGACCUACACGGCAACCGCUCGCCCAUCGCCGACCCCCGCAUGCGCGGUGCCCUCGUCGGCCUCACCCUCGACCGCUCCCUCCAAGACCUCGCGCGCAAGUAUGCGCUCACGCUCGAGGCCAUCGCGCUCCAGACGCGCCACAUUCUCGACGCGCUCAACGGCGCCGGCCACGCCGUCUCCGCCAUCUACAUGUCCGGCUCCCAGGCGCAGAACGCCGCGCUCAUGCGCCUCUUCGCCGACGCGUGCGCCGUCCCCGUCGCCCUCCCCGCCGCACACGCCGCCGCGGUCGUCCUCGGCGCAGCCGUGCUCGCUCGGUUCGCUGCAGAGCACCCGAAGCCGAUGCCCCAAGACGAACACAACCGCAAGCUCUGGGCCAUCAUGGUUGAGAUGACGCCUCCCGCAACCAUCGUGCUGCCCCAGGCCGGCCCCAAGGAAAAGCGGCUGCUCCAAGCAAAAUACAAGAUUUUCAGGGAAUCGAUCGAGAUACAGAAAAGGUGGCGACAUGAGAUGGACGAGGCAGCCAAGUAG